UGCCGUACCGCUGCUAUAGUGUCCGGUUCCAAAAUACAGGCCCACUACAAUAUACAUACGGACAUACCUUCAUACAAGUGCCAGUGAGUACAAACACCAAGAUGCACAAGUGUCUCCAACACCGCCCAGGCGAGACACUACCCCCGCAAAGCGCGGCGGAAGCACCAAGAAACAGAAAUAGCUCAUGACCACCCCAAAAAGGCCCAGAAACGUUGCAAAGCGCAAACAAAGAACCCAUGCCAACGGAACAGUUCCAUCCCCCCUCCCCCGAUCUGGAGCCCCUCUCUGAGCAAAUAAGGCAUAUUCUGUGUCUCAAGGGAAUAUGAGUUUCACUCAAAUCACGCUCCAUUCCACCACAGGAUCGAACGCACAUAUGUAUCUUGGGAUAUGAUCUAGUGAAAACGGUCCAACUACAAUGGCAAAAUUCUCGGAGAGGGUGCGUCCGCCCUGAUCCCAGGAACGUCGCCACUAGGUGCCAAAAGAAGAAAAGAAGAAAAAAGCGUUGAUUCUGGCUUCCUCGAACCCUUUCAAGGAUUCCUCACAAAAGCCCUUUCUACAAACCAGCCUUCAACCCUCUCUCCUCAGCAAACCUGCCAGUUUUUCAUCCCCCGAAUACUUUUUGAGAGCAAAAACUCUCCACUCCUCCCAAGAUUCCUCAUGGCGUAUAGGAAAUUCCCUCAGAAGUCCCAUAAAGGCCUUCCGGUAGUUUUCCAUGUUCUCAUCAUAGAGGGUAUAGCCAACGCAAAUCCGAAGUCUUUGGAAGAUCUUCCCCAACCGAACACAAUCACCAAGAUUAAAAUUAGCAGGGUGAUUCGCGCCCCCGUGGCCAGCACCAUCCAGAAGCUGCGCGAACUCAAGUUCUGAAUUGCUGAGUGUUUUUCUCUCGGAAAAGAACUCCUUUGAGUCCCAAAGGGCGAUCGGAGAGGUGAAUGCCUCCGCCUUUUGGGCUGUGUAUGCACCCUCCCAGUCGAUUAUGCCAGUGAUGUUGAAGUCUUCGUCAACCAUAAUAUGGUCGCCCUUGUCAUCAAAGUGACGCAAAUAAAACUUCCCGGUUCCCUGCAUGUCCUCCGGCCACUGCCCCAAUAAAUCGAACAGGAACUUAUGAAUGAGGUAGGCAUCAACGGCCCAAAAUGGGUACAAUUCGCCCACAACAAUCAUAUGCAGAAUGCGAGGGAUUAACACGGAAUAGUAAUCCUUUAAAUUAAUAAAAGGUCCCGGAAAGCCGGCGAGUUGCUGGAUAACACGAUCCCCAUUAUUCGUGAGAGCCAGGUCCACCAUCAAGUCAUGAACAACAGGGCCAACAUUUGUCGAUCCAGGGGUAUCCAGAGACCCCAUAAGGGGAAAUGGAUGCCGAUAAAGCUCCUUAUAGACUUCGGCCAAUUGAGCCAAAACUUUACUCAAUUGUUCGAUCGUAGGCGAAGUGGAAAGCAAAUUCUUCCCCUUGAUCGUUUCCAUUAAUAUGUACCCCGUUCCUACAGGGUU